GUGUUUAGCUCCCCCACCUGCCAUCAUCACCACUCACCAUUACCCCCUACGAAAAAAUUUUCAGUGCUCUCUCUCUCUCUCUCUUCAAAGCAUCUCAUCCUAACCCAACUCCCCUUCUGCUCUCUCUCUCUCUCUCUCUCUCUUCAGUCUCCACAAUGGGGUCUCGAAUCCCAUCCCACCAACUCAGCAACGGCCUCUACGUCUCCGGCCGCCCCAACCACCACCACCUCAAACACCCCCUCCCCACCUUGCCGCCGCGCUCCGCCGUCCCCUACACCGGCAGCGACGCCAAGAACUCCGGUGAACUCGCCAAAAUGUUCGACAUAUCCUCCUCCACCCUCGACCACCAAAACCCACCUCCCUUAAAACUCUCUCGCUCCUCCACGUCAUCCUCCUCCCAGCCCAACAGCGGCUCCUUCCGGUCCGGCCCACACUCCGGCCCAAAGAAAACCUCCGGGCCCAUCAUGACCCAGCUCCAGCCCACCGGCCUGAUCACCUCCGGCCGACUCGGCUCCUCAGCUAGCAGCCGGUCCGAGCCGGCGGCCGGGUCGGGCAAGAAGCCGGUUUACGGGCCGGCGGUGACAAACCUAAACGGGGAAGUGAGGUUGGGGUUCAAGGUGUCGAAGGCGGUAAUGUGGGUGGUUUUUGUUGCGGCGGUGAUGGUGGUUGUGGUGGGGGCGUUUUUGAUGGUGGCGGUGGAGAGGAAGGAGGAGGUGGCGGUCGCCGCGGGAGGGGUUUUGGCGGUGGUGGUGGCGGUGGGGGUGUGGAAUUGUGCGUGGAAGGAGAAGGGGUUGGUGGGGUUCUUGAGGAGGUAUCCUGAUGAUGAGCUUAGAGGUGCUGUUGAUGGGCAGUAUGUGAAGGUUACUGGGGUUGUUACUUGUGGAAGUAUUCCUCUUGAAUCGUCCUUCCAAAAGGUACCCAGAUGCGUAUAUGUUUCCACAAAAUUGUACGAGUAUAGAGGGUGGAGAGGAAAAUCUGCAAAACCUAAACACCGUUUCUUCUCAUGGGGUUGUAGACAUGUAGAGAAAUAUGUGGCUGAUUUUUACGUAUCAGACUUCCAAUCUGGAUUUAGAGCUCAAGUAAAAACAGGCUAUGGAGCUAGGGUUGCACCGUUUGUCAAACCAUCAACAACAGUUGAUAUUACAAAGGAAAAUCGAGAGUUGUCUCCGAGCUUUCUACGAUGGCUUACUGACCGCAGCCUGUCAAGUGAUGACCGUAUAAUGCGCCUCGAAGAAGGGUAUAUCAAGGAAGGAAGCACAGUGACUGUAAUGGGGGUUGUCAGACGCCACGAUAAUGUUCUCAUGAUCGUUCCGCCAGCAGAGCCUGUUUCAACAGGCUGUCAGUGGGCCCGCUGUCUCCUCCCGACAUAUAUCGAAGGGCUUAUUUUGACAUGUGACGAAAGUCAAACUGCCGAUGUGAUUCCCGUGUGAAUAUUAUGCUCUUAAUGUAACCCUUCUUUUGCAACCGGCCAUGAGUAAGUGUUGAAAGGUUGACAAAGAUGGAACAUUGAGCCACACCCAACCAAUCUGUUCAUACCUUUUGAAGUCUUAAAUGUCUGUAAAUGGCCUUGAAGGCGCAGAAAAGCACAUUUUAAGGAUCUUCUAGUUGGGGAGUUAUACGCUUUGUGGUUCUAAUGGAGAUCAAGAUGGAACAUUGAGCCACACCCAACCAAUCUGUUCAUACCUUUUGAAGUCUUAAAUGUCUGUAAAUGGCCUUGAAGGCCAGAAAAGCACAUUUUAGGGAUUGUCUAGUUGGGGAGAUAUAUACGCUUUGAAAAUGCCGUAUUGAGAUAAUUCUGUUGUAUGUAGCUCAUUUUUUGUACGUAUUGGAAAUUUGUUCUUUGUUUUCUACAUGUAUAUACAGUUUAUGCAUGCUUUCUCCUGAA